AUGUCCGAAUCUCCGAAUCCUAAAUUUUCUCCGGAGUUGACCAAAGACGAUUCCACAGAAGCAUUCACAAAAUAUGAGGGUUCUGAUGUGCUGGAAGAGCAGAGUACAAAAGUUGGAGUAGUAACACAGGAACUUAAUAGGGCCCUACAACCAAGACAUGUGUCUUUGAUUGCAAUUGCAGGAAUCAUUGGUACAGGACUGUUUUUGUCUUAUUCUAGAAGUUUGGCGCAAUCGGGACCUCUGUCGUUGCUUUUGUGUAAUAUGUUGAUUGGACUUGUGGUAUAUUUGACAAUGUUAAGUUUGGGUGAGAUGAGUACUUUCAUCCCUCAGAGUGGUUCAUUCUGUACUUAUGCUAAGAGAUGGGUUUCAGAGUCUUUUGGUUUUGCUAUUAUUUGCAACUACUGGUUCAACGAUGCGGUUAGCGUUGCCAGUGAUUUGACUGCAUUACAGCUGUUGAUGGGGUACUGGACUGACUUCCAUUAUUGGAUUAUUUCUUUGAUCUUUUGGUUCUUCUUACUAUUUUUGAAUGUUAUCCAUGUUCGAUUCUAUGGUGAAGCUGAGUACUGGAUGGCUAUUUUGAAAGUAGCCACUAUUGUUGCCUUCUUCAUUGUUAGUAUCGUGGUGAAUGUUGGUCACAACCCCAUGAAUGAGUACAUUGGAUUCAGGUAUUGGAGUCAAGGAGAUGCACCGUUUGUGGAUGGUUUUAAAGGUUUCUGUAAAUGUUUUGUGUUUGUUUCCUUUAGUUUCGGUGGUACCGAGUCUAUUGCUAUUACUGCAGGUGAACAGGUCAACCCUACUAGAACUAUGCCCCGGGUUAUCAAAACGACAUUCUAUAGGAUCAUCAUCUUUUACGUCUUCUCAGCAUUCUUCAUUGGUAUGAAUGUGCCAUAUGACUACCCCAAUUUGUCUACCAAAAGUACUGCAACCUCUCCGUUCACUAUCGUCUUCCAAAUGGCUGGUAGUAAAAGUGCUGGUUCUUUCAUGAACGCUGUGAUUGUCACCAGUGUCGUCUCUGCGGGAAACCAUGCCCUUUUUGCCGGUAGUAGGUUGGCAUACACGAUGGGUACAGAAGGGUAUAUUCCCAAGAUUUUCACCAGAACGAAUAGGUAUCAGGUUCCUUACGUGGGAGUUUUGAUCACCUGGUUUAUUGGUGGUGCAUGCUUUGGAUCCAGUUUUAUUGGCGCAGGAACUUUGUGGACUUGGCUGCAAUCAUUAGUCGGAGUUUCUAACCAAAUUUCAUGGCUUUGCAUUGCAAUUACUAGUAUUAGGUUCCGCAGAGGAUUAGAGGCCCAAGGCAGAACCGACGAGUUGGCAUUCAAAAACUGGACAUAUCCUUAUGGCCCGUGGUUCUGUGUGGGGUUCAUCAGUCUUAUCAUUUUGGUACAGGGUUGGGGCUCUUUUGAUCCUUGGGACGUUGCUGAAUUUUUCCAGAAUUACAUUCAACUAUUGAUCUUCCCUACCUGCUUUGCCGUUUGGUAUCUUUACAAACGGGACCGCUUCACGCGGCGUCCAGAGAUGGAUUUUGAUACUGACAGAUACCAUGAAACAGAGAAAGACAUUCUUCAAAACAAAGCUGAAGACGAGGCUAAAGGAUUUGGUAAGGUUGUCUUCUAUAUCAAGAACUAUAUUAUUUAA